GGGUGGGGGUUUUUGGGGGGUUUUUUUUACAGUUUUUAAUCUGACGCCAUCUAACAUUUUGAGACAUUUUUAUUACGUUAUGUAGACCGAAAACGGGUGUAUCUAAAAGCCUUUCUGGCUGUCCUUGCAGUAACGCGUUUUGCCGACAGUAGUCUAGCUUUCAGACGUUAAACUAGUCUGUGAUAAAAAUUCUCACUUCUGCCAACGAUGACUGAACUAAAAGGAAAUUAACGAAUUAUUGCUUGUGAUUUAAUAGAAGGUACACUAUUUCACGAAACUGAUAUCGAUUCUUACAUCAAUAUUUAACCCUGGAACUCGUUAGGCAGUUUGUUUCGUCUGCAAUGUAAAUCCAAGCUCGGACGCUCCGCGGCACGGCAUCCACCCCGCGCACACUGAUGACGUACCAGACGUGCACGUCCAUGGACAAGUUCUCGCUGUCUUCGAGAUCUCUCACUCUUGGAGAACCCCUCGUUAUUUACCGUUGUUCUAAAUUCAGGCCACCGACGGAGAAUCGUCCAAGAAUUGUCAGGAGAAAGCUUGGUGUCAACAGAGAGACAAGUGUUGUAUGCUCGGAGACUGAAAAAAGCCGUCUGCUACAGGCAAAUGUCGUCUGCUUGGAGACUGAAAAAACCCGUCUGCUACAGACAAGUGCCGUCUACCCGGAGACUGAAAAAGGUCGUCUGCUACAGACUCGAGAAUGCGACAAGGAGGUGACGUCAUCGGCACCGGUCCUACCCGAUGCGGCCAAACCAAACUUUUCAAAGUUAGAUCUGACGACCCUCCGUAUGUUGGGAUGGGCGCACGGACAACCACCGAAACAGCCAGAUAAUGAAACCACUGACAGGGAGGCGCUUAAUCGCAUUACCAAGGUGGAAUUCAAGCGGCUCUCGGAGCAUGUGCGAGAUGUGGGCAUGAAUCUCAGGAAUCACUUCCGCGGGUCCUCGUACGAGAAGUUGUACAGCCGCUGCAACAACAGUAACAGCAGCGGCGGCGACAGCGUCUACCAGGACUACCACAACCAACUGACUGCCAGCCUGCAGGCUUUUCAGAAUAAGCAAUGGCCGCCACUGACUCGCAACGAACUGGGACCGACGGUCAUGAGGUGUCGCCCCGUCAGCGGAAGACUGGACAGAAGACCGUCACCGCCAUGUGGCACCACCUUAUCGGCUGCGCAACGUCCCAUCUCUCUGUCUCUCAAUACUCUCCGCCCUUCCACUGCGCAAUCCUUUCGGAAGAGCGAGACUCCGGAAGUAAAUCAGGGCAACUUCGACACGCUCAACCCAGCAGUGUUGGCCGAUCUCAUCGGCUCGAACUCCUCGAGGCUGUCGUUUGGCGACUCGUCUGGUUACAAAGUGGAUAGGAGUCGAGAUGACGACAGCACCAGUAGGACCGAGAGUUCGAGUGACUCCGAAGACGACGAUUCGUCCACGUCAGAACCGGAAGAAGAACUCUUCAGCGGCAUCACUCCAAUGCCGGAAGUACAUCUCAGACCGGAAAGACUGGAUUCGAUAUACGUCCCGGAAAAUAAGAAAGAUCCUAGACGUUUCGAUUUUGAUGCUGAAAAUUACGAUAUCCCUCCUUACGAUUUCGGACAUCCUAUUCCCGAACCGUAUAACAAACUUGAUUUGAAAUUAAUAGCAAAACAGAACUACGAGUGGAGAGAUAUAAUUAAAACGAAACCGAAAGAAGAAUAUAUAGAAAGGUAUUUAGAUAGGAUUGUAGAAAUAGAGAAGAAUCAGCUAGAAACGGAAGAGUGGGAGAGCAGACGACUCAAACAGCUGCAGAUCAGACGACCGCGCAAUCUCAGCGCCAGACCACGUGAUCGACGAUGCUGCAGCACCUGCCUGCAACCAGCCUGCAUUGGAGACUGUCCAGAUAAAUUUGUGUCGACCAAUGUGUGCACGCUGUGUAGACAGCCUCUCUGUGAAGGUAGUUGCCUCGAAACCACGUACGAGGAUCGAUCGCGUCACGACAGAGAGGAUGAAGAAGAAAUAAAAACCUAUCUCAAACCUUCCAGACGCAUCUGCCAGUGUUGUCAAACCAAACACAAUGCCAAACUAAUCAACGCCAACAACUUAAUCCUAGGUCGACCCAAAUCUAGCAAUUCGACCUACAGCCGCGGACAAGGUUCUACAAGACCGAAAGAUCUAAGACCAUGUUCAGUAAACGAUAUAAACGCGGAGGUGUUAAAGGAUUUUGAGAAACUGGGAAUCGAGCCUUCUCGUCCACCUCCGGCAAAGCCGAAUCGGCCACGAAGUAGGAGCUUGUUGAUACCGGGAAAGAGUUACUCUUCAAAUCGGAAAGACUCGAUUACCGAUCAAGAACGUUUACGGAAACGAAAGUCAAAAUCGGCCAAACUAAAGCGACCAAAGAGUGUAUCGGUUCUCUGUUGAUGACACGCCUCUCGCUAGUUUUGUUUUUGUUCAAAUAUACUCUCGCUAUUAAAAUGGCGUUUCACAAACAGUUGUUCUGAAACCCUUGGUAUUAAACUGAAAAUUUAAAGAAUUUCUUAUGAAAUGCCAUAGGCCCUAUAGUUUCUAUCUUCCGUUAGUCGGCAUGCCUUAAAAUGUUUUAGAAUAUCAAGACACAUAAAAAAAUAUAGCAACAUUAAACCGAAUUGUUUCAUCUAUAAUGUAGAAACAUGCAUUAUGAAAAAAUUAUGUUGUGAAACACUUUGGUCGGUGUCAUUGAAUUUUUAAAAAUCUGCAAUGGAGAAUAUAAUUAUGGCGUCUCUAACCGCAAAGACCUAUUUCUUGUUCACAGUUCAAAUAUGCUAUUUUCAAAGCGUGAUCUUCAACUAUUAAACACAUUAGUUAUGCUUGAGCUAUGCUAUUCUAACAAAAUGUGGUGUGUUGCUCGAAUUGCUCACGACCAAACGCUGAAACCACCAAUGUAUAAAUAUAAGAUAACCAGUCACUAACUUAUGUUGACGUUGAAAAGAAACUUUACAAAGUUUGAAAUUGCGUUGUAGAAAACCAACAAAUGGUAAGGUGGGAUAGGAAAGUAUCAUGAAGUUCAACGUCUAAACGUCACACUGCACUCCGUGAUACAUGGAACGUGUUUGUAAAUAGAUUUCUAAAUGGUUUCGAUUAGCAACAAUAUUUAUCAAAUUAUUCAAAUUUUAUGUAUGUAAAGUUUCUUUAGGACGUCAACAAACUUUGCCUGAUUUUGAGUCAAGAUCAAGAGUUUGUGUCAAGAAAAAUGCAUGGUUCAGUUAAUUUUUAAAUUUAAUAGCUGAUGUACCAGACAAGAAAUUGGUCAAAGACGUUUUCUAAGAUUGGCGCUAAAUCUCGAGAUAACAUAAGGUCCUAACUAUGUCUGUAGAUGAAACAUGGCAUCCUAAGGACACACUAACACCUGGAGAGAAUGCUCAGGUACAAAUAUGAACUGAACUGGCGCAGCUGAGGCUUCGUCAGCAGCAGAUCUAGAUACAUUUAUAAACAAAAAACAAUUAUGCACAAAUCUUCGCAAUACGAUUGUUACGAUGUCCGAAACGGACACUUCAGACGGUGUAUCGGCUUUGUCUGAAUAGGGCAAAAUUACAGGUAUAAAAUCUAAUAAAGUUCAUAUUUUUCGGAA